GGUCAGGAACGAGUCAUCCUGUACUAUAGUAGAACUUUGACUAAAGAGAGCAGAAUUACUGCACUCACCGCAAGGAGAUGUUAGCAGCAGUCGAGAUGAUUACUCGCCAUGAGUGUUACCUGCUGGGCCCUAGAUUCAAACUAGGACCGAUCACUCCGCCCUGCAAUUCCUCCACAAAAUGAAGCAACCCACGGGGCAAUAUGCGCGGUGGUUAGCUAGACUAGCUUCGUUCGACUUCGAAAUAGUCCAUCGGGCGGGGUUAAGCAUAGCAAUGCAGAUGGCCUGAGUCGGCGUCCCUGUGGCCUAUGUCUGGACGAACAAGACAGUCGCGGGUUUGAAUGGGGAACCUUGGGCUACACCCUUCGUCACAACCCCCCGGCUGAUGGUAAUUGUCAGUUUGGCGCCAUGGCUGAUCAGCUACGUAGGCUAGAGGUCGUGCCGGAUGCCUCGGCACAGUCUAUGCGUGCCUUAGCCGUGUCAUACUUGACCCAGCACCCAUGCUGGCCAGAAGCCCCUGGAGAACCCUUGGUGAGUUAUCUGGUAGACAGUGAGUUCCACACCUGGGAAGAAUAUUUGUUUAGAUUAGCCCUCAACGGCGAGGUGUGGGGAGACCACAUGACGCUGGAGGCUCUGGCACGUGCGUUGGGGAUAGGCGUCAGAGUUGUCAAGGUAACCGAUGGGGUGGCGGGUAAGCCCGUAGAGAUUUGGCCAGGGCAUGAAUCGCCCCGUGUGUGGGUACUUCUCGGUCUCGUAGACGAUAACCAUUACGUAUCUCUGGGCGGUACGACUAUAAAUUCCUUACGGACUUCGUCAGCUCAGGAGCCCUGGUUGACUGAAUUAGGGCAACGUGAUAUGAGUUCCGCACAGUUGAAUGACCCUACAAUAGGCCCAGUCCUUAAGGACAAGCUGGCUCAGAAAGACAAGCCGGACAAGACCGCUUUGGCCGAUGCCAGUCGGCAUACCCUCGAACUAUAUAAGGACUGGGACCUGUUAGAGGUACACAAUGGUAUCCUGUAUAGAGUUGGGCCCCAAGAAGACAACCCCACUCAGAAGCAGUUACUUGUCCCCAGAGUAUUGGUGUCCAAAGUCUUAAGUUGUGUCCAUGACAGUCCCGCGGGUGGACAUCUCGGAGUGGAUAAGACUAAAGAAAAGUUACUGAGGGGGUUCUAUUGGCCUGGGCUCACCAAGGAUGUGAUUGUGCAUGUUACCUGUUGUGACAUUUGUGCCAAGACUAAGGGCGGGAGGCGACGUCCUCGGGCCCCUCUACAACCCAGUGCAGUGGGCUACCCGAACAAAAGGAUAGCAAUUGACGUAGUAGGCCCCCUCCCAAAAACUUCAUCAGGUAAUAAGUAUGUUUUGGUGCUCUCCGACUAUUUUACUAAAUGGGUAGAAAUAUUCGCCAUACCUGAUGAAACAGCGUCUACGGUUGCUAGGGUCAUAUUCGAAGGCUGGGUGUGCGUCCAUGGGCCCCCAGAACGGAUCCAUACGGAUCAGGGCCGUAAUUUCGAGUCCACCCUGAUCGCAGAGCUAUGCAAGUACAUGAGGAUUGGGAAGACACGCACUACUCCGUAUCACCCUCAGUCCGAUGGCAUGGUCGAGCGUUUCAAUCGAACGUUAGGAAACAUCCUAAGGGCGUAUGUCAGUGCAAAUCAGAGGGAUUGGGAUGUUCAUCUCCCCAUGGUGAAGUUCGCUUUUAAUACAAGUGAACACUCUACCACCAAAUUCACACCCUACUUUAUUAUGCAUGGGCGUGAGGCUCGGUUGCCGGUAGAACUCAUGUUUGGCAUCCCCUCUGCAGUAUCUGCUCCAGUGCAGGAGUACGUCAGAGAUAUGGUGGACAAAUUUCCCCAAAUUUUCAAAUUUGUGUCCGACAACACUAAACAGGCAAACAAACGCCAAAAAGAAUUGUUUGACAAAAAGGUCUAUGGCGCCCCCUUCCAAGAAGGGGACAAGGUCCUGGUAGCCAGAAAAGCGGUAGGUAAGGGCCUCGCCAGAAAGUUGGCUCACAGGUACGAGGGGCCAUUUAUUGUUGUUGAACGGGUUGGCGAAAAUGCCUACCGCAUCCGCAAGCCCAGGUCGAAUGAUGGCAAAGUUGUUCAUUUUGAAAAUAUUGUGCCCUACAGAGAAAGGGAGGAAGAUCCUGAUUAUCUUCCUCCUCUCCCACGAAGGGCUAGACAUCAUGCAAUAACCCCUGGGGGUUUCGUACCCCCGCCUGUCAUUUCAGAUGAUAGCAGCCUGUCAGACAGUGAUGACGACACCCUCGCUACAGAGGCCACGAUCCAGCAAGCCGGUGCCCCGACCGCGGGCAGUGACGAUGACCCCUCCAACUCCGAGGACGUCGGAGAUGCUGGCCAGUCUGACAUCGCAGACGUGGGUGACGUCUCUCAGCAGGCUGUUGGCAACUUGAGCGACGGCGUCCAGCAGGUGGUUCCAGCCCUGGCGGCGGACGACGCGACAGGUGUCCUGAUGGAAAGUGACGCGUCUGAUGGGGAGACAGCGCAGCCUCCAGGAAGGGAGCAAACUGGUCCUAUGGAGGCAUCGGGCAGUGAGGACGAACAAGACGACGCUCCUGCACCACGGCGGUCAACACGCUCCUGUCAACCCCCGGUCCGAUAUGGGUUCCAUGUGAACAGUAUAGACACUGAUAAGAAACCCAAGACUCUGUCUGAUAUGCAUCCAUUGAAAAGAACAUGCAACAACGCCAAGUCGUGCAUUCAGAGGUCCACACGUGGCUCAGGUAUCGAAGGGAGGUGUCCUGAAGUGGUACGACAGGUGCCUCGACCAUCUACUCCGGGUCAGCGGGAGAUAGGUAAGGGGACUUGGGCGUCAGACAUGUUCGUGGGGUCAGUACUGGGCAGCACACUUCAGUUCUUGUUAGCCUAACAGGCAGAGGACAGAACAAGAACUUAUUUCCAUACAUAAAUGGCACUACUGGACACAGAAGCUGUUUGUCAUGUGUCCUUGGUCCGUAGUGGCCAACUACAGCCACCUGUUUGCAAUGGAAAUACAUUGGCAGUGAGCGUUCGAGUAUCUGUAAGCCUUUCCGGUAGAAAGCGAUGAGAUGUUUCAUCGUGCCGGCACAGCUGAUCGGUUGUGUUGGGGCGGAGAAAGGCCGUGCCUAGUAGCUUCAUAGAAGCUAGCUAGGGAGAGGUACGAGGGUAGCUUCGGCGUGAGCCCGUUGGACCCCCUCUCCAGGAGGUCUCCGCUCUUAAUGGUUGGGCUGAGGUUGCGAAAUGCAAUACUCUACAGGCUGUCGCCACUGUAGGCUGCUUAGCUGGUGUAAGUCUAAGGGACAAGAUUCCCCUGGUUCGUUUUAUGCUGUUCCACACCCCACAACGUGCUCUGCGUCUAACCCCGAAGCCUGUGCUAGGUUGCCCUCAGUAGUCCGUCGAGUCGCAAACCUGAACUCCAGGGCUGUCCAACAAAAUGUUUGUUACCAUGGUGACAUCUCACUCGAUGCCUGACCUAGUUGUGUAUUCUGUACAAUGCAUUAUCAUUCAAUUAUCUUGGCUUCAGUUGAUUAGUGGAUUUCAGUUGUGUAGUGGUUCUAUUGUUGUUUUGAUGGAUUUGUUGUGUUUGCAUCUGUAUUAGGUGUACGAAUCAUUGAGUAUGUUAUUUAGAGUAUAUGUAGUAAAGGUGCAGGAGCACCUUUUUUUUUCAAAGGAGGGGGUAGAUGUAACGCUUGGUGGCCAGCCUAAUAAUGUGUCAAAAUAUAUUAUGUCAAAAUACAUUAUGUAUAUCAACAGCAUUGUACUUCUGUUAACAUCUUGCCCGUCUGCCAGUAUUGAUAUGCACCACAAAGAAGUGGCUAGACAAGCUCAGUUAACACCUAUAUGUGGGCUGCCGUAUUGUCUACCAAUCAAGGUCAGAGUCGGUUAUGCGCAUAAUUAGGAUAGCUUUAAAGGCAGGACACAGUCGUGUGUCGGGAGUGAUUACGAGAGAGUCUAGGCGGAGUGACUUCUGAGUGUCCUGUGUCCGUUCCAACUGAACAAGUAAGUCCUUAGUCACUUGUCUAUAAAAAAGUACACAACGCAAUGUCCGAUUGUUAAUGUAACUGAGGCUCUUGUUAGUUGUCAGGAACUGUAGAAGAAAGCUUGGAUAUCUUGUCGUUACAAGGCUGUGGUUGUUUAUUAUUGUGUUACACUGUGAAUAAAUACACUCCUCCGAGAGCAGAA